CUGCUAUCUAUAGCCAGUGCCCUAAUCCGAGAGAGAGCAGCCGGGCAGUGGAUCAUGGCGGCUACCGGGGUACUGCCCUUCAUCAGAGGGGUAGACCUGAGUGGGAAUGACUUCAAGGGCGGCUAUUUCCCUGAGCACGUAAAGUCUAUGAGCAGUCUGCGAUGGCUGAAGCUCAACAGGACCGGCCUGUGCUACCUGCCCGAGGAGCUCUCUUCCCUACAUAAGCUGGAGCACCUGUCUGUCAGCCACAACAGCCUGACCACCUUACAUGGAGAGCUGUCGUCCCUCCCGUGCCUGCGGGCCAUCGUGGCACGUGCCAACAGCCUUAAGAAUUCAGGGAUUCCCGACGAUAUCUUCCAGUUGGAUGACCUCUCCGUGCUGGACCUCAGUUACAAUCAGCUGACGGAGUGCCCGCGGGAGCUAGAGAACGCCAAGAACAUGCUGGUGCUGAACCUCAGCCACAACAGCAUUGACAACAUCCCCAACCAGCUGUUCAUAAACCUGACUGACCUGAUCUACUUGGAUCUGAGUGAUAACAAGCUGGACAGUUUGCCCCCUCAGAUGCGCCGACUGGUGCACCUACAGACCCUCAUCCUGAAUAACAACCCGCUCUUGCAUGCCCAGCUCAGGCAACUCCCUGCAAUGACCGCCUUGCAGACCCUUCACCUGAGGAAUACCCAACGCACCCAGAGCAAUAUGCCUACCUCGCUGGAAGUCCUGACCUGUCUAUCAGACGUGGACCUGUCCAUGAAUGAGAUGACGCGGAUCCCCGAGUGCCUUUACACGCUCGCUAGCCUAAAGCGCCUGAACCUCAGCAGCAACCAGAUCUCUGAGAUAUCCCUGUGCAUCGACCAGUGGGCCCAGCUAGAGACCCUCAACCUGGCUCGGAACCAGCUCACCUCACUCCCUUCGGCUAUCUGCAAGCUGGCCAAGCUGAAGAAGCUGUAUCUGAACUCCAACAAGAUGGAUUUUGACGGUAUCCCUUCAGGGAUUGGCAAGCUGUCCAACUUGGAGGAGUUUAUGGCUGCCAACAAUAACCUGGAACUCAUCCCGGAGAGCCUGUGCAGGUGCAGCAAACUGCGGAAGUUGGUCCUAAAUAAGAACCGUCUGGUCACGCUGCCCGAGGCCGUCCACUUCUUGACUGAUUUGGAGGUUCUGGAUGUCCGAGAAAACCCCAGCUUGGUGAUGCCGCCGAAACCAGCUGACCGCACAUCUGAAUUCUACAAUAUAGACUUCUCCCUGCAGAACCAACUCCGCCUCGCUGGGGCCUCCCCUGCAACUGUCGCUGCCGCCGCUGCUGCUGGGGGCAGUGCUACAAAGGACCCCUCAGCCAGGAAGAUGCGCCUACGCAGGAGAAAGGACACCUCGCAAGAUGACCAGGCCAAGCAAGUGCUGAAGGGAAUGUCGGAUGUGGCAGAAGAGAAGAACAAGAAGAUACAGGAGAACGGCGACAUGAAGUAUACGGACCUGAAGGCCAGGCGCUGGGAUCAGGGGCUGGAGAAGCCCCACUUGGACUAUUCUGAAUUCUUCACUGAGGACGUUGGGCAGAUUCCGGGCGUGACCGUCUGGCAGAUCGAGAACUUUAUACCCACUCAGGUGGACGAGACCUUCCAUGGGAGAUUCUACGAGGCAGACUGCUACAUUGUGUUAAAGACGUACCUGGACAGCAACGGCGCUCUUCAUUGGGAGAUCUACUACUGGAUAGGCCAAGAGGCCACGCUGGACAAGAAAGCCUGUUCUGCCAUUCACGCCGUCAACCUGCGCAACUAUCUGGGCGCCGAAGGUCGUACAAUUCGGGAGGAGAUGGGAGAUGAGAGCGAGGAGUUCAGUCAGGUGUUUUACAAUGAUAUCAGUUAUAUAGAAGGAGGCACAGCCAGUGGCUUCUAUACAGUAGAGGAUACUCAGUACAUCACCAGGCUUUACAGAAUCUACGGCAAGAAGAAUAUCCGCCUGGAGCCGAUGCCUCUGAAAUCCUCCUCCCUGGAUCCCCGGUUUGUGUUCCUGUUGGACCAUGGCAUGGACAUCUAUGUAUGGAGAGGAUCUCAGGCCACUCUCAGUAACACUACCAAAGCCAGGCUGUUUGCUGAGAAGAUCAAUAAGAAUGAGCGAAAGGGGAAGGCAGAGAUCAUACUCCUCACCCAUGAAAUGGAGACGGCCGAAUUCUGGGAGCUGCUGGGCGGGCAGCCUGAGGAGCUCAAACCCUGUGUUCCGGAUGACUUCCAACCGCCGCGUCCCAAACUCUACAAGGUUGGGCUCGGCCUGGGCUACCUGGAGUUGCCUCAGAUUAACUACAAGAUUUCCGUGGAGCACAAGAAGAGGCCCAAGAUUGAACUAAUGCCAGAGAUGAGGCUGCUCCACACCCUGUUGGACACAAAGAGCGUCUACAUCUUGGACUGCCAUUCUGAUAUCUUCAUCUGGAUCGGUAGGAAAUCUUCCCGGCUGGUCCGGGCGGCGGCUCUGAAGCUGGGACAAGAGCUAUGCAGUAUGCUCCACAGACCCAAACAUGCCAUGGUGAUCCGGAACCUUGAGGGGACGGAGUGCCAGGUGUUUAAGUCCAAGUUCAGGAACUGGGAUGACGUUCUAAAGGUUGACUACACAAGGAACGCUGAGAGCGUGGUACAGGGUGGUGGCCUGACGGGCAAGGUCAAGAAAGACGCAGAAAAGGACCAGAUGAAAGCUGACCUAACUGCACUCUUCCUCCCUCGUCAGCCGCCGAUGCCAAUAUCCGAGGCAGAGCAGCUGACCGAAGAGUGGAAUGAAGAUCUGGAUGGAAUGGAAGGUUUCGUACUGGAAGGAAAGAAAUUUGCCCGCCUACCCGAGGAAGAGUUUGGGCACUUUAACACCCAGGACUGCUACGUGUUCCUGUGCAGGUACUGGAUUCCAAUAGAGCAGGAUGAAGAGGAGGAGCAGAAGAGCAAGAAGAGGAAAAUCCACGGAGACGGAGAAGAGGAUGAAGACGAGGAGGACGAGGAAGACAAGCAGCCAGAAGAAGACUUCCAGUGCGUGGUGUAUUUCUGGCAGGGCAGAGAGGCCUCCAAUAUGGGCUGGUUGACUUUCACGUUCAGCCUUCAGAAGAAGUUUGAGAGCUUGUUCCCAGGAAAGCUGGAGGUGGUCAGGAUGACCCAGCAGCAGGAAAAUGCAAAGUUCCUCUCCCAUUUUAAGAGGAAGUUUAUAAUUCACAAGGGGAAGAGGAAAUCGAAGGACGUUGGGCUUCAGCCAAGCCUGUACCACGUGCGCACCAAUGGGAGUGCCCUCUGCACCAGGUGCAUCCAGAUUAAUACAGACUGCAGCCUGCUGAACUCAGAGUUCUGUUUCAUCCUCAAAGUCCCCUUUGAAAGCAUCGACAACCAGGGCAUAGUGUACACAUGGGUCGGCAGAGCCGCAGAUCCGGACGAAGCCAAGCUCUCGGAAGACAUCAUGAAUCACAUGUUCGAUGACACCUACAGCAAACAGGUGAUAAACGAAGGGGAAGAACCUGAGAACUUUUUCUGGGUGGGCAUUGGGGGUCAGAAAGCCUACGAUGAGGAUGCCGAUUACAUGAAGCACGCCCGUCUCUUCCGGUGUUCCAAUGAGAAGGGCUAUUUCUCAGUGUCGGAGAAGUGCUCAGACUUCUGUCAGGACGACCUCGCAGACGAUGACAUUAUGCUGCUGGACAACGGCAAGGAGGUUUACAUGUGGGUGGGAACACAGACCAGUCAGGUGGAGAUCAAGCUGAGUUUAAAGGCCUGCCAGGUUUAUAUCCAGCACAUGAGAGCCAAAGACGCCGAGCACCCUCGCAAACUGCGUCUGGUCCGGAAGGGAAACGAGCCUCACGCCUUCACGCGCUGCUUCCACGCCUGGGGAGCUUUCCGCAAACCGCCAUCCUAGAUCCGUCCCGCCAUACACGAGACUUUAUAGCAAGUUGUCCUAGCGCCUGAUGGAGAUGAGUGUCUGCCCUCGCUGUAUGGAGCUCUGCCAAGUGAUUCUUCCCCCCCGCGGGAGUUUAUAUGGCACCUCCCAUCAGAGACUCAUUCUGAAGGCGUCUGCACCUUAGUGGGGAAAAUAUUUUAUAUACCGUCAAGUCCGACUCUCCAAACGGCACUGGCACUCACUGCUACUGUGUGUGUGGUUUCAUAAUAUAACGUGGUUUGGUCUGUAAAGCACUAUUACACCAUUGGGGGGCACUCUACGUUCCCCCUGGUUGGUAGUUAUACGAGGGUAGGCUCUCCAGAUGACAUUAAGCUACAACUCCCUGUAUACCCCAACAGCCGAAGGUGCUGGGAGUUGUAUUUCAAUGUGAUCUGGAGGGAGGCGGCUGCACAUCUCGGCUCUAGGGCUGCAGGUUUGUAAUACAGAGUGUAAAGUGGCCCCUUUCUAUAGCCAUUUCUAUAACCCUGAUUGUAUGGUGUCUGCCACCAAAAAGCACUAGGUCGCCACUGGCCCUUCACUCUAGGUAGGUAGGUAGGUGUUCUUUAGUGGACGUGAAUCACAGAGGACCUCUCGCUCCAUCAGGCCAUGAAGAAACACUUGUCUCUAUAGAAUGAUCCCCCCUCAGGCAAUGGAGCAGCUCAAAAGAACCAUAAAUAUGUCAUCAAUAUACUGUUUUAUUCAUACACAUAUAUAUUUCUCUACAAUGAUCUUAAAUACUCGCCUGUAUGAAAAGGAGGAGGUGUGGCACAGUGGCGCCCCCUAGGGUGGCAGAGAGAGGUUUAAAACCGAGGGUGGGUUGCAUUUGCUUUUACCGCUUAUGCACUGUAGAACAGCGAUAGGGCUAUCACCACUCGCACCAACAUCACAUGAGAUUCAGUGAUUUAUAGUUUGGAUUGUUUUUUUGCCUCUUCCUGGGUGCUGCCCAGCCUUUAGCCCCCAUCAUUCUGCCCCUAGUACUGAAGAUGGCUACUGGGCCUUGGGCUGGACCAACUCAAUAAAGAUGAGAGCGACCUCACAAAGCAGCAGGUUCUUAUUUACAGUCAUGACUGUGGCAGUCGGGGUCCAUUAAUGACCCUGCUGCCCUGAGAGCACACUAAAUACAGCCUAUGCCUCGUGGUUAGCAAUGGAAUUGGCCUCCAAUCUAUCAGGGUCACACCUUAUCCUACUGUGGGUGCCCGGCUAAAUACCUCCCAUGCUCAGGGCAGGUGUGGGGGAUCCUCUGGUUGGAUAGCAUUGUAUUAAGGGGAGUGGGAGGCGGGUCCAGUUUCGGCUGUGGGAGGGGACAGAUAUUUACUGUAUGAGCUUUAUACUAUUUUAAUAAAUUUGCACUUCACAUAGAUCUUCUCUGGA